UAUACCGGACAUUGGUAUCACGGAUGAGGAAUACAUGGCAGACUGUGAAACACUAGCGGCUCGCAUCCCUGAAAUUGACACUUACCAUGAACUGGAACAAGACGAGACCAACAAGCUCCAUCUCAAGCAUGCACUUUAUCGCAUCAAAGCUUGCCUGCUGUUGAAAGGAAAGCCACUUGACGAGCUGGAUGAUGUUGAAUUGGAACACAAGUACCCUCCAGAGUUCAUCGUGGAGAACAAUUACUUUUUUCACUACGUCCGAGAUGGCUUAUUUGGUUGGUAUUUUGAUACUGACCUCUGUUACAAAAAGUACUUGACCGACUACCAGCGGCUAGUCCUUUUCAAUGAUGGUGGCGAUGAGUAUACAAGCUGGAGGAGAUACGUAGAAUAUUAUAGCACCCCUGAAGCUGAUAGAGACUAUCUCCAGUACUGGGAAACAAUUGUGAAGGAACUUAAAUGGUUUGAACAUCAUGUGCUGAUAAAGGAGUCUUCUUAUGAGUGGGCGGAAAUACGUUCAAAGGCUAUGCUCCAAGCACUUAGGAUCGCUGUUGGGUUUCCCAAUAUGACUAUGGAACUAGCAGCUAUUGGUUUCCAUGAGUAUAUAUGGAAGACGCGCAUAAAUCUCAUGUUUGUGAAAGAUCUUGAUGGUAUCUUUUUUGAGAUUUGGAAGCGGACCCAUGAGGAUCAUCAGCUGCGUUUCAGAGAUGCUCUGGAUCAAGUUUAUCGUGAGAAUUUGUUUUCAGCACAUGACCGCAGUAUGAAGUAUGAGCUAACUUAUGGCGAUUCCCAAAUGGAGCGAAAAUUUCGUAAGUGCACGGAAGGCAUUAGUCACAGUGUUCCAAAGUAUAAAGCUCGUGAGCUGAUUGCACAUGCAAUUCGUUGGACGCGUCGGUCGUCAGGAACGUAUGAGCAAUAUGCCAGGAAGAAGCUGAGGAUUGCAGAACUGUUGGGAUUGAUUUCCAAGGACAAGAUAGCGGCUGCGUAGUUUUGUUUGUUGCUUGGGCGAGUUUGGUUUGCUGGGAAAGUCGUUUCCCGGCUCCGGGAAUACAAAAAUCGUG